GAGUGUUGUUGCAGUCGAGACAGGCCGCUGAGCACACAGCAUAAAUACCGCCCUCUUGUGAUAAAGUUAUCAGAUAGACGAAAUCAAGAUGGCAACCCACAGUGAUGACGACGACUUGCUCUCAUUCGAACCUUCCUUGCGGAAUAUCAUCGACCAGACUUCCUUGAAAUGGGUGUUUGUUGGAGGAAAAGGAGGAGUAGGAAAGACAACAUGCAGCUGCAGUCUAGCUGUUCAGCUUUCAAUGCACCGUGAGUCCGUCCUCAUCAUAUCUACGGAUCCCGCUCAUAACAUCUCGGAUACUUUUGAUCAGAAGUUCUCCAAGGUGCCAACGUUAGUUCGUGGUUACACCAACCUCUUCGCCAUGGAGAUUGAUCCGAACCUCGGUAUAGGAGAGCUACCGGACGACUACUUUGAUGAUGACAGUCCAUGGGCUGUUGGAAAACAGUUAAUGCAGGAACUAAUGGGAGCUUUUCCUGGUAUCGACGAGGCAGUCAGUUUUGCUGAAGUCAUGAAAUUGGUGAAGAACAUGAAUUUCUCUGUGGUUGUGUUUGACACUGCGCCAACAGGACACACGCUGAGAUUGCUCUCAUUCCCAGCUCUAGCAGAGAAAGGUCUUAGUAAACUCCUACAACUCAAGAAUCAGUUCAACCCAUUCAUCCAACAGAUUGGAGGCAUGCUUGGUUUGCCAGACAUCAGCGCCAACGAGGUACUGGGUAAACUGGAAGACACUGUUCCUGUUAUUAAGAGCGUCAGGGAAGCCUUCAACGAUCCAGACCAGACGACGUUUGUCUGCGUCUGCAUCGCUGAGUUUCUCUCCUUGUACGAGACGGAGAGACUCGUCCAAGAACUUGCCAAGAACGACAUCGACACUCACAACAUCAUCGUUAAUCAACUCCUCCUUAAAGAGGAGGGUGAGGAGAAGACAUCCAUGUGUAAGAUGUGCGCAGCCAGGAUCAAGAUGCAGCAUAAGUAUUUAGAUCAGAUUGAGGAUCUUUAUGAGGACUUCCACAUCACUAAACUACCUCUUCUACAGUAUGAAGUGCGCGGGGAUGAGAAGGUAAAAGACUUCUCUAACUUCCUCAUUGAACCCUACAGAAGAUUCCAGAAAAACAAUAAAGUGGGUAAAUUAUGACGCCUUGACUUUGCAUAAAAACCUGGGCCCAAUUUCAUAGAGCUGCUUAAGCAAAAGAUUUUACUUAAGCAAAAAAAAUCUUUGUUUUG